UUUAGGGCUCUGAGUGUCGCUGUUCACCACGCGGGGGAAAAACAACCAGACCUUCAGUCAGAAGGAGAUUUCCGCAGCGCACAGCCCUGGUUCCGGGCGCUUGCAAAGCUUCAUCUGGGACCCGCGAUUGCUCAGCGUUCCACCGCGAACGCAUCGGCCCUGGGAAGACCAGGACCCAGGGCUCCUCGGCCUCCAGCGGGAGCCGCCAAGGUCAGGCUGUCGCGCAGCGGGGCUGUCAUGGCGGCUGCUUCUCCAUCAGACUGCAGGCGACUGGUGUGGAUGUGCUUUGUGCUGGGAGCCCUGUGGGAAGUGCGGGCCCAGCAGAUCCGCUACACGGUGCGGGAGGAGCUGGAAGAAGGCUCUGCCGUGGGCGACCUGGCCCGGGACCUGGGGCUGGAGCCGCGGGAGCUGGCGGAGCGCGGCGUGCGCAUCGUGUCCAGAGGGAAGGCGCAGCUCUUCGCGCUGAGCCCGCGGGGCGGCGGCCUGGUCACCGCGGGCAGGAUCGACCGCGAGCAGCUCUGCCACACAUCUGCCCAGUGUGUGGCACACUUGGAGAUCCUCCUAGAGGACAAGGUGAGCAUUGUGGGAAUCGAGGUGGAAAUAACCGAUGUGAAUGACAAUGCGCCCAGCUUUGCAACAGAGCAGAGGGAAAUAAAAGUUCUUGAAAAUGAAAUUCCUGGGAAGAGAUUUCCGCUCCCUGAAGCUUUCGAUCCGGACAUAGGGCUGAAUUCUCUGCAGGGUUACCAGCUCAGCUCCAAUGCUCACUUCUCCCUGGACGUGCAGAGAGGCCCUGAUGGGGUGCAGUAUCCGGAGCUGGUGCUGGAACGCGCCCUAGACCGUGAGGAAGAGCCAGUUCACCACCUGGUUCUCACUGCCUACGAUGGAGGCGACCCCGUGCGCUCGGGCACUGCCAGGAUUCACAUCACACUCCUGGACAGCAACGAUAACGCUCCCGCAUUCACCCAGCCAGAGUACCACGUCAGUGUGCGGGAGAAUUUGCCCGUGGGCACCCAGCUGCUCACCAUCAAAGCCACCGAUCCGGAUGAAGGGACCAAUGGAGAAGUGACAUAUUCCUUCCGGAAUGACGGUGACAAAAUAUCCAAACUCUUCCUGUUGGAUUCGGUCAGUGGGGAUGUCACAAUAUUAGGAGAUCUGGAUUAUGAGGAGUCUGGAUUCUACCAUAUCGAUGUAGAAGCCCGUGAUGGACCUGGCCUUCAAGCCCGAAGUAAGGUGCUCGUGACAAUUGUGGAUGUAAACGACAAUGCUCCAGAAGUCACAGUUACCUCGCUCACCAGCUCUAUCCAAGAGCCUUCUUCCCCAGGAGCAGUCAUUGCUCUUUUCAACGUUCAUGACAGCGACUCUGGAGAGAAUGGCCUCGUCACAUGUUCCAUUCCAGAUCAUCUUCCAUUUAGACUGGAAAAGACCUAUGGAAAUUAUUACCGGUUAUUGACACAGAGAACUCUGGACAGAGAGGAAGUCUCAGAAUAUGACAUCCUGCUAACUGCCACUGACCAGGGAAUACCUCCCCUGUCUACAGAGAUGCAUAUUGCAUUGCAGGUGACAGACAUCAAUGACAACCCUCCCACCUUCACUCACGCCUCCUACUCUGCCUACAUUCCAGAAAAUAACCCCAGAGGAGCGUCCAUCUUAGGCAUGACAGCCCAGGACCCUGACAGCGGGGAGAACGCCCAAGUAACCUACUCUCUCACCGAGGACACCAUCCAGGGAGCGCCUCUGUCCUCCUACAUCUCCAUCAACUCCAACACGGGAGUCCUGUAUGCUCUUCGUUCCUUUGAUUAUGAGCAGUUCCAAGACUUGCGGCUGCUUGUGAUUGCCAGCGAUGGUGGACAGCCACCCCUCAGCAGCAACGUGUCCCUGAGCCUGUUCGUGGUGGACCAGAAUGAUAACGCACCUGAGAUCCUCUACCCCACCCUCCCCACGGAUGGUUCCACGGGCGUGGAGCUGACGCCUCGCUCUGCAGAGCCAGGAUACCUGGUGACCAAGGUGGUGGCCGUGGACAAAGACUCAGGACAGAAUGCCUGGCUGUCCUACCGCCUGCUCAAGGCCAGCGAGCCGGGGCUCUUCACGGUGGGGCUGCACACGGGUGAGGUGCGCACGGCGCGGGCCCUGCUGGACAGAGACGCGCUCAAGCAGAGCCUCGUGGUGGCGGUGCAGGACCACGGCCAGCCGCCCCUCUCGGCCACCGUCACGCUCACCAUCGCCGUGGCCGACAGCAUCCCAGAGGUCCUGGCAGAUUUGAGCAGCGUCCACACUGCCCCUGACACAGAGGACUCUGACCUCACGCUGUACUUAGUGGUGGCAGUGGCCGUGGUCUCCUGUGUCUUUCUGGCUUUUGUCAUCGUGCUGCUGGCACUGAGGCUGAGACGCUGGCACACGAGCCGUCCGUCUCCAACAGCACACAGUGGGCUGGCAGGUCUAUCUGCUUCACACUUGGUGGGUGUGGAUGGGGUGCACGCUUUCCUGCAGACCUAUUCCCAUGAGGUGUCGCUCACCGCAGACUCGGGGAAGAGCCACCUGAUCUUCCCGCAGCCCAACUAUGCGGACACGCUCCUCAGCCAGGAGAGCUGUGCCAAAAGCGAGCCUCUCCUGCUACCCCAGGAUUUCCCUGUGUCACAAGGAGACCCCAGCCACCCUCCGCUUUGCUAAAAAGCAGCAACUGGAGCAGAGUUGAUUAAGAAAAAUGGAGAAACAAUCACAAAAGAAGACGACACAUAGAUGGUGGUGACUGCUUUCUACACGUUGAUAACGAGGGUCAUGCUUUCCAUACCGAUCACCUUGUAGUUGCAAAAAGCCCAGAUGUAAUGGUAGUGUAAUCAUUUUGAAGUGUAUGCAUUAUUAUCCCAAGGUGUUAGAUGUCUUGA